GGUAAAUAUAAACACACCUGUUUUUAUUUUUCAACUAAAAAAACACAUAAUCCUUGUGAAUUAUGAAUACCAUGUGAUGUGAUUUUAUAGUCAGUUCUACAGAGGCAUCAUGGGAGAAAGUAGCAAAGCACUGUAUGCAAGGAUGCUGGUGGAUGUUGUUAUCGGCCCAGUCCUGGACAAUUUAGAGAAGAAAGAUAUAUCAGCAGCCCAUACAUUGAGAGCAGCUUUCUCAAAGGCUGACCACACACUACCAGGGUUUGUGUAUGAUACCAUUAGAGGUAUGUUGAGGAAAGCUGAAGUCACAGACAAAGUAGAUAUGUGUGAAACAUUACUGAGACUUGGAGGCACUCAAGAUAGUGAUGAACUCAAAUUAUAUCGCCCAGAAAAAACAUUUCAAGACUUAAGCAGAUGUGCUACUGGUUUGAAAGUGAUUCUUGGUAGGAUACCAGAACAAAUUUAUGACAGAAAACAGUUUUUAGAAACUAUUAAAGAAAUAGCCAGUUCAAUCAAACUGUUAUUAGAUGCCUUCAACAAAGUGAUAGAAGAUGUUCCUUCGAGUGACAGUGGAAGUAAACAGAUCUUAGAAGACAGGAAAAAAGAAUUUGUAAGAUAUUCUAAGAAAUUCAGUAACAUGUUGAAGGAGUUUUUCAGAGACAGCAGUCAAAAACAGAAUGUUUUCCUGAGUGCAAACUUCCUAAUAUACCAAACCAACGUUAUUCUAAGAACAGUAAAACAAGAAUGUUGUUGAUACUUAAAAUUGGUUAGUAGAAAAAUAAAAGUACAAAAAAUACAAGGAAAAAUAAAAAACCAAAAAUAAGUUCAGCAUUUAUUGUUAAACUUUAAAUGAUGUUUUUAUUUGUCAGUAUAAUUUGUUAGUGAUGACACUUUAAAUGAGUAUGACCAAGUUGUUUUAGAACAUACUUCGAAGCUGUUAUUGUCAUUUUGAUGUUGGACUAAGUAGCAUUAUAUAUUAUUUAAUUGCAGCAUUAUUUAUCUGUAACAAUGUGCAAACUACCUUAUAGCGGGUUAUUUUCACUGGGUGUUUAUUUUUGCUUAUUUUGGCGAAAAUAAAUCAAAAUCGUGAAAAUAUACUCUGCCAAAUUUUAGGGCUAUUCCAUUAUAAUGUAUGUGGGAGGGUAGGAAGGGAAGUUUAAUUAUUGAAUGUGGGUCAUGGGUCUUUUUUCAGUAUGCGUCUAUUACCAUUAUGCAAAAUUAUCUAAAAAAUGGUUCUUGGUUGUAGGGAUAUUUUGAAAGUCCCUUCGUACCCUACCACAUACAUUUUAAUGAAAUAGCCCUUAUGCAUAUGUUCGGUACUUUCUAUUAGGUAAAGCGUUUUGAAAACAUCUAAUUUUUUUCCAGUCGGCAGGUCAAUAACAGUAUAUGUUAGUUUUAACAACAUAAAUGCCAAAUGGCAUUGAACAUGCAUGUAUUUUAUAAAAUGACUGUCAGGUGUGUAUACCCUUAUUAAUCAAUGUCAAAUAGACUAAAAGUGUAAGGUACUCUGUUAGGUAAUUACCCUUAUUAAUUAGUGUCAAAUUAUAUAAGAGUAGUAAGUCACUCUUGAUAAUUUUAUAACGUAAAUAGUAAAUACAUCAAUGGUCCGAUCAAUUUCGUAACCAAUCAACCAUAAAAUUUACAAGAAGUUUGUAUACCUGUGACAAAUAUCUAAGUUACCGGUAUUCUAUUGAUUAACUAUAUCAGAAUAUAAUCAACAAGUAAGACGUCAUAACUAUAUCAGAAUAUAAUCAAUAAGUAAGACGUCAUUCAGGUAAAAAAAAUCAUUUAACCAUAACAAUAGACCCUCGUUUGUCAAUAUUUACAACUUUUUAAACAGCAACAAUUUCAGUAUCCGCCAAAAUAUUUAAUUGGGAUUCAAGAAUCCACCAAAAUAAAAACGGCCAAAUUUUUUUUCGUGUACUUUGUUGGCUUUCAAUCAUGAAAUUUGACACCCGCGAAAAUAACCUGCUAUACGGUAUAUUAGGGACCUGACAGUAAAUUUUUAUUGAAUCAAUGUCGGUGAAUUUGUGACUGUGUUCUAUUAUUAGCAAAGUUAUUUGAUUAUUUAUAAUGUAGUCAACAUUUUUUCUAUUUUCACAACAUUGUUGAAAGACAAUUUCUUUAAGUAUUGAGGUUUGUUCACUAUUUUGAAAAUUAUAGAAUGGUAGGGAUGGGGUUAUACAGAAUAGGAAUAAUGGACAAAGAAACUUACAGAUAGGGAAAAUGGGCAAACAAAUUAAGAAAAAGAGAAUUUUUGGUGCUUAAAUAUAAAGAAUAGAGAAUUAUGGGCAGAAAAAAAGAGAAUUGAGAAAAAUCUUCAAAAAAUUUAAUAAACGAAGACACCCCAAUCCAGACCCUCUGAUACUGUUUUGUAUGUAAAUCAUUAUUUCAGUACAAUAUUUUUGUUUCAUAAGCAUCAUUCUUCAACAAGAAAAUUAACAUUUUGAGAAUUUCAGAUUAUUACACACAAAUUAUAAAAAUAAGAUUUCCUUAAUUUGGAUCUGAAAACAUAUUUGGAAUUUAAAAUAAUAGCUGUAAGGAUCAAAUGCAGUGUCAUAACCUUUUCAUUACCAUUUGAUAAUUGUUGCUUCAAUCAAGAAACUAGAAUGAAUAAUGUCUGAAAUUGUACUGGUCCAGUUCAAAUGAAAUAUACUGAACACAUUUUAAAAGUACAUGUAUUUUAAGUUCUAGUCCAAUUAAGAAUCAUGCAAAAUCUGAUUUAUGAGUCAAAAGCCUACAAAUUAUUGUUUUUAUACCUUAUUUACGAUAUAAACGUAUGUUGAAAUUUAUAUAUGAUUUUUCAUUAGGACUCUUAGCAGCUUAGAUAUAAAUUUCAUUAAAUGCACUAUAUAAUCCAUGCUGAUAGAGAUAACCCCAGUAAAUGGAAAAUAUUACUCAUUACUUUCAUCCAUAUUGCAACUGAUAAACACAAAUACAUAUUUGUAGCCUUCGAUGAGGUGUAUCACAAAAUUUAGAUUUUGCAUGAUUUUUAUAUGAACUAUAUGAACUACUUCUUUAAAAAUGUUGAUUGAAAGAAACUUGAUUGAUAGAUUGAUGUUUUAUGCCACUUUCAACACUAUUGUGCUAUUUCGUGGCAGUCAGUUUUUAUAGGUGGAGGAAGCCGGAGAAAGAAACUUGAAAGGUGUGAUUAAAGUUCCAGUUGUAAAAUAAUGCAAUUUAUGUUUUUAUCAUUAUAUGUUUAAUAUAAUUGUAUACAACUUUAUAGUUUAUUUCUGUUCAUGAUUUUGUUUUGCAUGUAAGGGUAAGAAAUGUUUACACUGGUGAAAAUGCAGUAAGGCAAUGAUGUUGUGAAAAAAAAUUAUGUUCUAUUCAAACAUAUUUUAAAUAAUUUAUAUAUACUUAAUAUGCAAUAUGAAUGAAGAAUUAAUACAUGUAUACAUAGUUCUUGUGACUCAUAUUGUGAUGGUUUUUUCUUAUUCAUUAUCUUCAUAUAUAAAUAAUUGGUAAAAGUAUGGGCAAUAUGAAGAUUACAUUGUACUUUUAGAAAACAUGGACUUCAGUAUCUUUAAAGAAUUUACUAUUUUCAAGAUCCUACUCAGAGGCAGAUUUAGGGGGAGGGGAUGCCUUAUGGAGCCAGGGAUGGGGUAAUCGUAAUCUGUAAUCGUAAUCGAUUGUAAUUGAUUACAUUUUCCCCAGUAAUCGACAGUAAUCUGUAAUCGAAGACAUUUUCGAUUACAUGUAAUCGUAAUUUAAUCGAUUACGGCAAAAAUUAUGAUGUAAUCAUCGAUUAUUUUUCGAUUACAUUUCGAUUACUUUGAGAUAUAACCUAUUUUAAAUGAAAAUAUGUAUGUACAUGAUGUAUUCAUCACUUUAUAGUACAGAUUAAAUAGAAUGUAUUACAUUGUAAUAUGACUUAAGAGUUUAUCAACUGCCUUAUUUCUAUCUAUUAUCUCAAGCUGCAUUAUAAUCAACCAGAUCCCCUACCAAAUUUUACUUGAUAUUUAGGUUUUGAAACAAAUGAACUUAUGUGCUUGUCAAUAAUUCAAGACCUUUUAUAUUAAAAUAUGAAAAUAGAUUUAAGUUAAGAAAUGAGUCUUAAGUUAAUUUCUGUUCUACAUUAAAGUAGUAAGCUUAUUUGUAUUAAAAUUGCUUUAAGCAUAAUUUUCAAUAAGAGUUGGAAUUUUAGCUUUGAAUAGAUAAACAGUAACUGUAGAUCUUACAAUGUUAUGAUAAAAAAGUUAAGAAAGUACACAAAAUCCUUUUGACAAUGAACCAAUGGGUAUGCAUCAAAAUUCUUUUUUUCAGAUAUAGAUACAUGUAUCCCUUUUUGACACAAUAAAUAUAUAUUGUUUAUAAUUUGAUUAGAGAAUAAAAAAUUUAACAAACUUCUUGUCUUUACUAAUCAGAAGUUCACACUUCUAAUCAAUAAGAUGCAGACUUUGUUUUCAUUUCAAUUAUGUCUAGUUAAGAAGGAGAUUUACAUUAUUUUUCCCCAGGUUAUAAAUUGUACUCCAUUGACAGUUUUAUAACCUGUAAUUAUGGGGGUUAUCCAAACAUAAGGAUUAAUUCAUGUAUGUCAUUAUAAUUAUAAUUUCAAUCUUUAAAAUUUGCUGAACUAAUUAAUUAUUCUAUGGUUUUAAAUUUUUUUUCAAAGGAAACUUACAACAUUUUAAUCAUCUAUGUUAAAAUAUACCUGUUUUAACGAGUAAAAACAAAAAAGCUAACUUAAGUAAGAAUGAAAGCAAAUUUUUGAAAAAAUUUACAAUAUAAAUAACUGAUUGAUGCAAUGCGAUGUCAUCUCUUAUUUAUCUUGAAAGCCAAAAUUUCAAGAAAUUUUGAAUAUUUCUGACCUUCAGUAUGAUAUUCCAUCUAGAAAACAACUGUGAACUUAAAAUUUGGUAACAAUGCUUUAAAUGCUGUUUUUAGUAAAGUUCUAAAUUUCGACUAUAAAAAACGUUGAGCAACAUAAUUGUGUAUAACUUACUUUAUUUAUUUUUUUUGUAAUUUUGUAGCAUGUAAUUGACAGUAAUCGAAAAGUAAUGUAAUUACUUUUGAUAAAGUAAUUGAUUGCAAUCGAUUACAAACAAAAAUUAGAGUAAUCGAUUAUUAAUCGAUUACACAUAAAUCCUUCAUGUAAUCGAUUAUUAAUCGAUUACAUUUGUCAGUAAUCGUGCCCAUCCCUGUAUGGAGCGACAUAUAUGGUUAAUGUAUAGACUUUUAACAAGUCUCACUCCUAAUGUUACCUUAGUGGCACCCAUUACUGUCAAUUUUUAGAAUAAGAACAAAAGACUAUUGAGUUAAUCAGUAAAAAUGUUGUCUGUUAUCAUAAUUUUCUAUUAUUGGUACAUCGAAUAUUUUGUAUUAAGUUAUUGUAAUUUUUCAGUUUUGUGCUUUCUCAGUAUAAACCAUUCACAUGUUUUAAAAGUGGUUGUCUUGCAACUUGUCAGUAAAAUCUAAAUUUUAUCAAAAGAUAUUGAAACUAUUUAGAUGUUUAAUUUUAAUUUUUGAUUAACCAACCGGCAAUUUAGAUUCAACAAUUAACAGUUUUUCUAGAGCUCUUGAUAAUACUAGAAUAGAAAUGACGAAUUGCAAGAAAAUGGUAACACAUAUAUGGUUUUUAAGGUAAUUAUUAAUUUGUUACUAGGAAAAGGAAUUUUUGCAAUUGCAUAAUCUUAAUUUAUGAGUACAUGGUUGUUAUAUUUUUGUUUAAUUCAAAUUUUUGUCAUUUCUGUUCACAAUGUGUGUAUUUUUAUUUAUGCCUUCAAUCAAAGAUAAUAGGUGUUCAAAUGUUUUUUGGAAGCCACAAACUUUUACAUUAUAUUGCAAUAUAGUCUUUUAUAAUUUAUAUUAAGUAAUUUAUAUAUUUUGAAUAUAUGUUUGUGUAUUGUACUGAAAAUUGAUACAUUAGAUUUGAAAUAAAUUGAAAUAUUUUUUGAAAA